GGCUAGACAGACAAAGGCUGCAUUCACAGAACAUAGUAUUUUACUCACAUCCACCAUGGAAGCUGCUAUCUCUACUGUGGUGUCCCAGUUCAAGAAUUAUGCUGGAAAGGAUGGGUCAGCUAGUACUCUGAGCAAAGACGAGUUUCAAAACCUGGUCAGCUCUCAACUCCCAAACUUUGUUAAGCUCAGCUCUGAUCCCGGUGCUAUAGACCAGCUGAUGAAGUCCCUGGAUCAGGACAACGACGGGGAACUGACUUUUGCCGAGUUUUGGCAACUUAUUGGAAGACUGGCCAGUAAGCAAGCAGGUCUCGACUAGCCCAUUUCCUUUUACUAGUUAACCAUUGGUGAUUUUAUGGAAAUCUGGAAUAAAGCCAAUAUUGUUCCUCA